UUUCUAUUACAACACGCCAAAGUGUGUAGUACAUCAGUGUGAAUCAUCAACCCCCUCGUUGCCGCUCUUCCUUAUUCACCUUAUACCCAUAUAUUCAGAACAUUUAGUUGGCUGGAUCCUCACCGAAAUCCACCCGAAGAAGUCCAUACUAGAAGCACUAGCUCUACUAGCUCUACCAUUUAAUUCGACCUGAUACUUCUUCGGGGUUAGUCUUAUCUCAUGUCAGAAGAAAACUAAAAGCUUUUUCGUGCAUAACCUUUGAAGGUCCGCAUCCUGUGGGUGGUAAGUCAUUUCCAAUCCCAAUUUCAUGGUCUGCAUAAGAUCGAGAUAAGGCAACUCGGCCGGAACCGUCACAAGAAUCUUCUUCAAGCCUCUCUACUCAUGGCCACAUGAACCGCGAUUGCUUCUCCCUUCUCACACGCGCCGAAUAUUCAUAGUCGCGUUCGUCGAGUGCCGACUCUCAGACGCUGACUUUCUACAUAAACAGCAGAUUUCCCUUGCGUAGGCACUGGGAUCUUGUUCUUGCACUUCAGAGUUUGCGCCGGACAGCUUCUCUGACGCACCACUUCCAACAUGAAGGACUACGCGAAGAUCAUCAAUGAUCGCGUUGCGAACAGCUUCGUCGGUCGCCGCUUCCGCCUCGAGGGCUCGGGACAUCGCUAUGAGAGGAAGGACUCGCGCUUCCUGACGGAGAUCAGAGCCGGCCUGGCGACCUUCUUCGCCAUGGCCUACAUCAUCUCGGUCAAUUCCACCAUCCUCACCGACAGCGGCGGCCCCUGCGAGUGCCCCGCGGGCAUGACGAGUUGCGACGACGACCCAGGCUAUCAGUCCUGUCUUGCGAUUAUCCACCGCGACUUCGUCACCGGUACCGCUGCCAUUGCCGCUCUCACCUCCGUCAUGAUGGGACUCUGCGCGAACAUGCCGAUUGCCCUGGCGCCUGGAAUGGGUCUGAACGCCUACUUCACAUACACAGUUGUCGGCUUCCACGGAUCAGGACCUGUCUCAUAUAACCUCGCGCUUACUGCAGUUUUUGUGGAGGGAUUGGUUUUUGUGGGACUCUCGCUGCUGGGACUGCGCCAAUGGCUCGCGAGAUCUAUUCCAGCCUCCAUCAAGCUGGCCUCAUCUGUAGGCAUUGGACUUUACUUGACUAUUAUCGGUCUGGGCUACAGCGCGGGAAUCGGCCUCAUCACUGGAGCGAAGGACACCCCCGUCGAGCUUGCUGGUUGCGUUGCAUCCGCAAUGGUAGAUGGUAUAUGCCCAAACUCGACGAAGAUGCGCUCUCCAACCAUGUGGAUCGGGAUCUUCUGCGGUGGCAUGCUUACUGCCCUCUUGCUUAUGUACAGAGUCAAGGGCGCUAUUAUUGCUGGUAUCGCUUUGGUCGCGAUCACCUCCUGGCCGCGCAACUCAUCUGUCACAUACUUCCCCCACACCCCUGCGGGAGAUGAGAUGUUCGACUUCUUCAAACAAGUGGUCACCUUCCACCCCAUCGAGAAGACGCUUAAUGUCCUGCACUGGAACCUGAGUGGCGCUAGUGGGCAGUUUGGCCUUGCAUUCAUCACUUUCCUCUAUGUUGAUAUUAUGGAUUGUACCGGAACGCUCUACUCCAUGGCUCAUCUUGCCGGCGCGAUCGACCCUGUCACCCAGGAUUUUGAAGGCUCUGCAGUAGCUUACAUGGUCGAUGCCUUCGGCAUCACAAUCGGCUCCCUCUUCGGCCUGUCCCCCGUAACCGCCUUCAUCGAAUCCGGUGCCGGUAUCUCAGAAGGCGGCAAGACCGGUAUCACCGCCAUAACCUCGGGCAUCUGCUUCUUCAUCGCCAUCUUCUUCGCCCCGAUCUUCGCGUCCAUCCCACCCUGGGCCACCGGCUGCACCCUCGUCAUCGUCGGCUCCAUGAUGUGCAAGGCCGCUGCCGCAAUUAACUGGCGCUACCCCGGCGACGCCAUCCCUGCGUUCGUCACCCUCGCCGUUAUGCCGUUCACCUACUCCAUUGCCUACGGCCUCAUCGGCGGUAUCGUUACCUACGCCAUCAUCAACACCACGGUCUGGAUCAUCGAGAAGGCAUCGGGCGGCCGCUGUGUCCCACCCGGAAAGAUGCACAAGGAGCCUUGGACGUACAAGCUCGUCGGAGGCGUUCUGCCACCGUGGGUCGUGCGUGCAGCACGCGGCAAGCGUGAUUUCUGGCACGAGGACGAUGCGGUGGUCGAAAUGACUACUGUGCGUAGCUCCGACAACAGCUCCGCUGGGAAGGGCGAGACUGUCCUCGAUGCCUCGACUCCCGACGCGGAGGUGACCGACAAGGGCGAUGCAUAUAGAGAUGCCGCGGCGAAGACGCAUGGUCACUCGUUGUAG